CAAUGUCCUGUUUGUCUCAAGACAUUUGCCCAUACUGGCAGUUUGCGUUUACAUGUCAAAGAAAGGCACAUGAAUGAACAAACAGGUCCAUGUUUAUAUUGUGGUAGAACAUUUACAAGAAUUUCAUCCCUCAGAAGACAUAUUCAUAAAAUAUAUGCUCAGGAUAAAGUGAUAUGUCCUAAAUGUAACAAAGAAUAUGCUAACCAGACAUCUUGGAGGGAACAUGAUAGAUCUGUACAUCAAAAUUUACCACGAGGUCCACAAUGUCCAGUUUGUGGUCAAAGAUUUUCCAGACCAUGUCGACUUGAAAAACAUCUACAGAAAGCUCAUGGUUGUGAAUGUUUUGUGUGUCAACUAUGUGGAAAAGCAUUUGGUUGGUUACAGAAUUUAAAAAGACACCAUCGUGUUGUUCAUACUAAUAAAUCUUUUAACUGUGAACUGUGUGGGCGAGAGUUCAGACGAACUGAUAACCUCAAAUAUCACAUGAUACAUGUUGAACGUAAAUCACAUAGUUGUCAGUGGUGUGGUAAAGCUUUCCCUACUCCAUAUAAGUUAAAGAGACACAUUAAUGGUAUUCACCUCAAAUUUCGUGUCGUCUGUGAAUUGUGCGGCAAAAAUUACACUCAAAAGGACAAUUUACGAGAACACAUGAAAAUUCACAGUAUUCUGGAUACGUUAUCCCACAAACCUAUCUUCCAAUGUCCGUUGUGUGAUCAAAAAUAUUCUAAUAAAGGCAACCUGAAGGAACACAUUAAAAUAAUGCACCUUAAACGAACUUUUGGUUGUCCAACUUGUGAUAAGCAGUUUAAAACAAAAGCAUUAAUGCAAGGUCACAGUGCUAAAGAGCAUGAUACCAUUAUGAAGCGCAGAUGUUCUUGUUCAUGGUGUGGUAAAACCUUCACUUCUAGUUUUAAUUUGAAUCGGCAUAUAAAGGGUAUUCAUCUCUUUGAAAGAUUUGGAUGUUCAAUUUGUUUGAAAAGUUUUACACAAAAAGGUGACCUGGUGAAUCAU